UCUGUGGAUUAUAUUAGACCUGAUUGAUCUUUAGUAUCAAUUUAGCGGAUCUAAACGAUCUAUUGACGAUUUCCAGUUGUUGUUUUUAUCUAGUCGAUUUGAAGUACAAUAGAUUCGUUCUAAUUGAUCGUUGUUUUUUUCCAAUGGAUCUAAUCGAACCGAAGUCUCAAGUUUUAUCUAUCUUUCUGUUUCCUUUCUCAUGGCGAUUGUUAUUUUUCCGUUUCGUAAUUGCUUAUGUAUAUUUCCUUACAACCAACAUUGCAGACGCCGAGACAAGCAUCUUCUGGGACCUGGAUGCUUGCCCAAUCCCGGUGAAUCUCUCUCCUGCUUUGAUCUCUGAUUUUUUCAAAGAAUCUCUAGCGUAUAUGGGUUACACUUGUAACAGGAUGUCAAUCGUUGCUUAUUCAUCUACGAAGCUGGAGAACGCACAAGAAUUUGAAUCCGCCAAUAUCAAGCUUUUGCAAAAAGCUGAUAAACGUGCAAAACAUUCUGAGAUCCUUGGCGACGUUUACUUGUGGGGAAUUAGUCAUCGUGGUGAACCAGCAAAUUUGAUUGUAAUCUCACUAAUCGCCCAACACUAUAUUCGAUACGCUACCUUUAAAGAGCUCGGGUUCAAUGUUCUUUUGGCAUUUCCCGAUGACACAAUUGGAUGUCCAUGGCCACUUGGAAUACCAAGUGCAGUUUGGCUCUGGUCUAGCUUUUCUUCUGGAGGGAACCCUCUCGAUAUCAACGAAAUCAAAAUCCCACAAGAUGGAACAACGUCACUUCUUCGUGACUGUGCGAGGGAGAAGAAUCCGUGGGAGAAGAAGAAGAAGAAGAAGAAGAAGAAGAAGAAGAAUGGAAAAGCUCUGAAUAACGAAAUCGGAAUCCCACAAGUUGGAACCUCAGUUCGUCGUGCCUGUACGACGAAGCAGAAGCAGCGUGGAAAGAAAGGAGAAUCUCUCUGAAAAAGCGAUGCUACUACUCAAAUCAGAUGAAACCACUUUGGAGAAAGCCACUACUAUAUGCCUACUUUUUUAAUUAUGUUAUACUCUAAUCUACUCUCUAGUCAUUCCUUGUCGACUUUUACUUUUGUUUUUCCUUAAAUACAAUUCAGUAUGCAAAGUUAAUUGCGCUUAAUUUUUAAAAAUUAGAACCCUAAUUUUGCUCC